GGCGGAGCGGAGCUCAGGGUGGCGGCGUCGGCGGAGCCACCAGCCGAGAGAUGUUGAAGUUCAAGUAUGGAGCCAGGAACCCUGUGGACGCUGGUGCCCCCGAGCCCAUUGCCAGCCGGGCCUCCAGGCUGAAUCUCUUCUUCCACGGGAAACCACCCUGGGUGACUCAACAGCAGAUGUCUGCUCUUUCCCGAGAAGGGAUAUUAGAUGCCCUCUUUGUUCUCUUCGAGGAAUGCAGUCAGCCUGCCCUGAUGAGGAUUAAACACGUGGGCAACUUUGUCCGGAAGUAUUCCGCUACCAUAGCUGAGUUACAGGGGCUCCAGCCUUCCCCAAAGGACUUUGAAGUCCGAAGUCUUGUAGGCUGCGGUCACUUUGCUGAAGUACAGGUGGUCAGAGAGAGAGCGACUGGGGACAUCUAUGCCAUGAAAAUCAUGAAGAAGAAGGCUUUGUUGGCCCAGGAGCAGGUUUCAUUUUUUGAGGAAGAACGGAACAUACUAUCUCAGAGCACAAGCCCUUGGAUCCCCCAACUGCAGUAUGCGUUUCAGGACAGAAGUAACCUUUACCUGGUCAUGGAAUAUCAGCCUGGAGGGGAUCUGCUGUCACUUUUGAAUAGAUAUGAGGACCAAUUAGAUGAAAAUAUGAUUCAGUUUUACUUAGCUGAGCUGAUUUUGGCUGUUCACAGCGUUCACCAGAUGGGAUAUGUACACAGAGACAUCAAGCCUGAGAACAUUCUCAUUGACAGAACAGGACAUAUCAAACUGGUGGAUUUUGGGUCGGCUGCUAAAAUGAACUCGAAUAAGGUGGAUGCCAAGCUCCCGAUCGGGACCCCAGAUUACAUGGCCCCUGAGGUGCUUACUGUGAUGAAUGGGGACGGAAGAGGCUCCUACAGUCUAGACUGUGACUGGUGGUCGGUGGGGGUGGUUGCUUACGAGAUGGUUUAUGGGAGAACCCCAUUCACGGAGGGGACUUCCGCCCGGACCUUCAAUAACAUCAUGAAUUUCCAGCGGUUUUUGAAGUUUCCUGAUGACCCCAAAGUUAGCCGUGAGUUCCGUGAUCUGAUUCAAAGUUUGCUGUGUGGCCAGAAGGAGAGACUGAAGUUCGAGGGCCUCUGUUGCCACACCUUCUUCUCCAAAAUUGACUGGAAUGACAUCCGGAAUGCUCCUCCUCCCUUCGUUCCCACCCUCAAGUCUGACGAUGACACCUCCAAUUUUGAUGAACCAGAGAAGAAUUCGUGGGUUUCAUCCUCUCCGUGCCAGCUGAGCCCCUCGGGUUUCUCAGGCGAAGAACUGCCGUUUGUGGGGUUUUCUUACAGCCGAGCACUGGGGAUUCUUGGUAGAUCUGAGUCUGUUGUGUCGAGUCUGGACUCCCCUGCCAAGACUAGCUCCAUGGAAAAGAAACUUCUCAUCAAAAGCAAAGAGCUACAAGACUCUCAGGACAAGUGUCACAAGAUGGAGCAGGAAAUGACCCGGUUACAUCGGAGAGUGUCAGAGGUGGAGGCUGUGCUUAGUCAGAAGGAGGUGGAGCUGAAGGCCUCCGAGACUCAGAGAUCCCUCCUGGAGCAGGACCUUGCCACCUACAUCACAGAAUGCAGUAGCUUAAAGCGAAGUUUGGAGCAAGCACGGAUGGAGGUGUCCCAGGAGGACGACAAGGCCCUGCAGCUUCUCCAUGACAUCAGAGAGCAGAGCCGAAAGCUCCAGGAAAUCAAGGAGCAGGAGUACCAGGCUCAGGUGGAAGAAAUGAGGCUGAUGAUGAAUCAGUUGGAGGAGGACCUUGUCUCGGCCAGAAGACGGAGCGAUCUCUACGAGUCUGAGCUGAGGGAGUCUCGGCUUGCUGCCGAAGAAUUCAAGAGGAAGGCCAGCGAGUGUCAGCACAAGCUGAUGAAGGCCAAGGAUCAAGGAAAGCCUGAAGUAGUAGAGUAUUCCAAACUUGAGAAGAUCAAUGCUGAGCAGCAGCUCAAAAUCCAGGAGCUCCAGGAGAAGCUGGAAAAGGCAGUAAAAGCCAGCACAGAGGCCACGGAGCUGCUGCAGAAUAUCCGCCAGGCCAAGGAGCGAGCCGAGAGGGAGCUGGAGAAGCUGCAGAACCGAGAAGAUUCUUCAGAAGGCAUCAAAAAGAAGCUGGCGGAAGCUGAGGAACGCCGCCAUUCUCUGGAGAACAAGGUAAAGAGACUAGAGACCAUGGAGCGUAGAGAAAACAGACUGAAGGAUGACAUCCAGACAAAAUCCCAACAGAUCCAGCAGAUGGCUGAUAAAAUUCUGGAGCUGGAGGAGAAGCACCGGGAGGCUCAAGUUUCAGCCCAACACCUGGAAGUGCACCUAAAGCAGAAAGAGCAGCACUACGAGGAGAAAAUUAAAGUGUUGGACAAUCAGAUAAAGAAAGACCUGGCUGACAAGGAGAGCCUGGAGAACAUGAUGCAGAGACACGAAGAGGAAGCCCACGAGAAGGGCAAGAUCCUCAGCGAGCAGAAGGCGAUGAUCAAUGCCAUGGAUUCCAAGAUCAGGUCCCUGGAGCAGAGGAUCGUGGAGCUGUCUGAAGCCAACAAGCUUGCGGCAAACAGCAGCCUCUUUACCCAAAGGAACAUGAAGGCCCAGGAAGAGAUGAUUUCAGAACUCAGGCAACAGAAAUUUUACCUAGAGACCCAGGCUGGGAAACUGGAGGCCCAGAACCGGAAGCUGGAAGAGCAGCUGGAGAAGAUCAGCCACCAAGAUCACAGCGACAAGAAUCGGCUGCUGGAGCUGGAGACCAGGUUGCGGGAGGUCAGCCUGGAGCAUGAAGAGCAGAAGCUGGAGCUGAAGCGCCAGCUCACGGAGCUGCAGCUGUCCCUGCAGGAGCGCGAGUCGCAGCUGACGGCUCUGCAGGCUGCCCGCGCGGCCCUGGAGAGCCAGCUCCGCCAGGCCAAGACGGAACUGGAGGAGACCACAGCCGAGGCCGAGGAGGAGAUCCAGGCUCUCACGGCACACAGAGAUGAAAUCCAGCGCAAAUUUGAUGCCCUUCGUAACAGCUGCACUGUCAUCACAGAUCUAGAGGAGCAGCUAAACCAGCUGACAGAGGACAACGCUGAACUCAACAACCAAAACUUCUACUUGUCCAAACAACUUGAUGAGGCCUCCGGUGCCAACGAUGAGAUUGUACAGCUGCGAAGCGAGGUGGACCAUCUCCGCCGCGAGAUCACGGAGAGGGAGAUGCAGCUCACCAGCCAGAAACAAGCACAACUCAGUGCUACUGAUUUGCAGACGAUGGAGGCGCUGAAGACCACGUGCACGAUGCUGGAAGAACAGGUCAUGGAUCUGGAGGCCCUGAACGACGAGCUACUGGAGAAAGAGCGCCAGUGGGAGGCCUGGCGGAGCGUCCUCGGCGACGAGAAGUCCCAGUUUGAGUGUCGUGUCCGAGAGUUGCAGAGGAUGCUGGACACGGAGAAGCAGAGCAGGGCGAGAGCCGACCAGCGCAUCACCGAGUCCCGCCAGGUGGUGGAGCUGGCCGUGAAGGAGCACAAGGCCGAGAUCCUGGCGCUGCAGCAGGCUCUCAAAGAACAGAAGCUGAAAGCCGAGAGUCUCUCCGACAAGCUCAACGACCUGGAGAAAAAGCACGCCAUGCUUGAGAUGAAUGCCCGGAGCUUGCAGCAGAAGCUGGAGACGGAGCGAGAACUCAAACAAAGACUUCUGGAGGAGCAAGCUAAGUUACAGCAGCAGAUGGACCUGCAGAAGAACCACAUUUUCCGUCUGACUCAAGGGCUGCAAGAGGCUCUGGAUCGGGCAGAUCUGCUGAAGACGGAAAGAAGUGACCUGGAGUAUCAACUGGAAAACAUCCAGGUUCUCUACUCUCAUGAAAAAGUGAAAAUGGAAGGCACUAUUUCUCAACAAACCAAGCUCAUUGACUUUCUGCAAGCCAAAAUGGACCAACCAGCUAAAAAGAAAAAGGGUUUAUUUAGUCGACGGAAAGAGGACCCUGCUUUGCCCACACAGGUUCCUCUGCAGUACAAUGAGCUGAAGCUGGCCUUGGAGAAGGAGAAAGCGCGCUGCGCCGAGCUCGAGGAAGCCCUUCAGAAGACGCGCAUCGAGCUCCGGUCCGCCCGGGAGGAAGCUGCCCACCGCAAAGCUGCCGACCACCCACACCCGUCUACGCCAGCCACCGCAAGGCAACAGAUUGCCAUGUCUGCCAUUGUGAGGUCACCUGAACACCAGCCCAGUGCCAUGAGCCUGCUCGCCCCGCCGUCCAGCCGCAGGAAGGAGGCUUCAACUCCAGAGGAAUUUAGUCGGCGUGUCAAGGAGCGCAUGCACCACAAUAUUCCUCACCGCUUUAACGUGGGACUGAAUAUGCGAGCCACCAAGUGUGCUGUGUGUUUGGAUACUGUGCACUUCGGACGCCAGGCAUCCAAAUGUCUUGAAUGUCAGGUGAUGUGUCAUCCCAAGUGCUCCACCUGCCUGCCUGCCACCUGUGGUCUGCCCGCUGAAUAUGCCACCCACUUCACCGAGGCCUUCUGCCGUGACAAAAUGAACUCUCCAGGUCUCCAGGGCAAGGAGUCCAGCAGCAGCUUGCACCUGGAGGGGUGGAUGAAGGUGCCCAGGAAUAACAAGCGAGGACAGCAAGGCUGGGACAGGAAGUACAUUGUCCUGGAGGGAUCAAAGGUCCUCAUUUAUGACAAUGAAGCCAGGGAAGCUGGACAGAGGCCAUUGGAAGAAUUUGAGCUGUGCCUUCCUGACGGGGACGUGUCGAUCCAUGGCGCCGUUGGUGCUUCCGAACUCGCAAAUACAGCCAAAGCAGAUGUCCCAUACAUCCUGAAGAUGGAGUCUCACCCGCACACCACCUGCUGGCCCGGCAGAACCCUCUACUUGCUAGCGCCCAGCUUCCCCGACAAACAGCGCUGGGUCACCGCCUUAGAAUCAGUUGUCGCAGGUGGGAGAGUUUCUAGGGAGAAGGCGGAAGCCGAUGCUAAAUUGCUUGGAAACUCCCUGCUGAAACUGGAAGGCGAUGACCGGCUCGACAUGAACUGUACGCUGCCCUUCAGCGACCAGGUGGUGCUGGUGGGCACCGAGGAAGGGCUCUAUGCACUGAAUGUCUUGAAAAACUCCUUAACCCACGUCCCGGGAAUCGGAGCAGUCUUCCAGAUUUACAUCAUCAAAGACCUGGAGAAGCUCCUCAUGAUUGCAGGAGAAGAGCGGGCCCUGUGCCUGGUGGACGUGAAGAAAGUGAAGCAGUCCCUGGCACAGUCGCACCUUCCCGCCCAGCCUGACAUCUCGCCUAACGUCUUUGAGGCCGUCAAGGGCUGUCACUUGUUUGCUGCCGGCAAGAUUGAGAACGGGCUCUGCAUCUGCGCAGCCAUGCCCAGCAAAGUCGUCAUCCUCCGCUACAACGAGAACCUCAGCAAGUACUGCAUCCGGAAGGAGAUAGAGACCUCUGAGCCCUGCAGCUGUAUCCACUUCACCAACUACAGUAUCCUCAUCGGAACCAGCAAGUUCUACGAGAUCGACAUGAAGCAGUACACGCUGGAGGAGUUCCUGGACAAGAAUGACCACUCCCUGGCACCGGCUGUGUUCGCUGCCUCUUCCAACAGUUUCCCCGUCGCCAUCGUGCAGGCGAACAGCGCCGGGCAGCGAGAGGAGUACUUGCUGUGUUUCCACGAAUUUGGGGUGUUCGUGGAUUCUUACGGAAGACGCAGCCGCACUGAUGACCUCAAGUGGAGUCGCUUGCCUUUGGCCUUCGCCUACAGAGAACCCUAUCUGUUCGUGACCCACUUCAACUCGCUUGAAGUGAUUGAGAUCCAGGCGCGCUCCUCCCUGGGAACACCCGCCCGAGCAUAUCUGGAAAUCCCAAACCCACGCUACCUGGGCCCUGCAAUCUCUUCAGGAGCGAUUUACCUGGCCUCCUCGUACCAGGAUAAACUACGGGUCAUAUGCUGCAAAGGCAACCUCGUAAAGGAGUCAGGCACUGACCACCACCGGGUGCCCUCCACCUCCCGCAGCAGCCCCAACAAGCGAGGCCCCCCAACGUAUAACGAGCACAUCACCAAGCGUGUGGCCUCCAGCCCAGCGCCGCCUGAAGGCCCCAGCCACCCCCGAGAGCCAAGCACACCCCACCGCUACCGCGACCGCGAAGGCCGGACAGAGAUGCGCAGGGACAAGUCUCCUGGCCGCCCCCUGGAGAGGGAGAAGUCUCCGGGCCGGAUGCUCAGCACCCGGAGGGAGCGGUCCCCUGGGAGGCUGUUUGAAGACAGCAGCAGGGGCCGGCUGCCUGUGGGAGCUGUGAGGACCCCCCUGUCCCAGGUCAACAAGGUCUGGGACCAGUCUUCGGUAUAAAGUCUCAGCCAGGAAAACCAACGCCUCAUCUCACUCUGCAGGAAAGCGCCAAACACACUCCGGAUCUCUGCCACAGGGGACCCGGCACCUGUCUGCCCAGCCUGCACCCAGCACAGCUGGGCCCAGACGUCCCCUGGCACCAACACCUGUGCCCAGGGGGUGCAGGCGGCUGAGGCUCUCGGCGCUGCCAGCGCUCGGUGCCCCCAUCAGGCACCUUCCUGCAGUCAUCCCUGGAACUCAGACUUUUGUACCUAGCUCCAGCCUGUGCCAGGUUCACUGACGGAACCAACCCGGACACUAACUGUGUGCUUCGAGUCCUAAUGAGCUACUUUAAGAUCCUAGGGUUGGUUAGUUUUUCUUUGGUCUUGAGUUCCCCCCUCUUGUUUUUUUUUUUUUAAAGACAACAGAAUUCUUAAUAGAUUUGAACAGCGGCGUAUUUCCUGUUGUAGUCAUUUUUAGCUAGACCACACCACCAGGUCUUUGCCACCAAAACGUAGCAUCGAAGAAUCCCCGUCAGUCGCCUCGUCUCCCCGCGUGUCCGUGACGCUCAUUCUUGUUCGCGUCCAUUCUCGUAGACAGAUGGCCCUGUUUCACACGGGGUGACAUCGUAGCCGAAUGUUUACUGUUCUCAUCGCCUUUUACGGCCUUGAUGACUUCCUCUCCCACCAGCUGAGAAUGUAUGGAGGUCAUCAGGCCUCCACUUGGAGGCAGUGACUGGGGCCAAGGGACCUCGCAGAGCUUUCCUUCCCCGUCCCCCGGCGCCGCGCACUCAGCCUGCUGUGCCCGCGUUCCACACAGCGCCGGCCAGGAAAGCGUGCGAUGGCCCUGCUCCGAGCCCAGCAUUCGCGGGCCUCGGGGUUGGACCAGGGCCGGGGGCACACCACCUCCCGUCCCUGACGGUCAGUAUGUUGUUCCCCACUCUGGAACUGGGAGGAGACCCGUCCGGGAGCCCUGCUGCAUGGCGGAUCGCUGCAUGUGCUGCCACCCCCACCCUGACCCGGUUGGUUGUCUCCCCAUCCCCUGGGUCGCUUUGCCAAUGUGUCGCUGCCAUCUCUAGCUCCUGCCCAAUUGAGACCCGCUGACGACGUGUUAACUAACGGGCCACGACAAGCUGCAGUGUGUAGCACUGAACAACAACAACAAAACAACACGCACACACACACACACACACACACACACUAACGCUCAAGCCUUACGACCAGAGAAGGAUUUCAGCAAACCGCACCUCUCACUAAGUGUCCCCUCCCACCUCCACGUUCCCUGCCGACUCGCUCAAGGAUGACUGUGUUCCCACAAAACCCCAGCACGGUUGGUUCUAUCCCCACGAAAAACUGUGACUUCCCAAACAAGCCUUCCCUAGGGCUGGACCUAAGGCCAGGACCCCCCCCCCCCCGGAGAGAGGAGCCGCAGCUCUGCCAACCCCGGUGGGGUUGGCAAGUCCCAUAGGUGCAGCGUGGCUCAUCCCGCUUCUCUCCACCCUCUUUAGAGUGUGGAACUCCUGGCCCCCCCGGAUAGAACCAACCUUAGAGGCUUUGCAGUUGGCAAGCUAACUAGCGGCCUUAUUUCUGCCUUUAAUCUCCCCUCAAAGCCUCUCUCUCGCUCUGGAUUCUCCAUGACUCUUAGGCACGUCUCAACCACUAAGGCACAUCCUAGGUAGGCUAAUAGGCAUAAACCUGUUCCCACUGCAGUGGGUGACCGCGACUGUGUCUUCGGCCCACGUGUCCGCAGUUCAGGGUCACUUUCUAGAUUGCAACCUGGCCCGCACACCGGCUCCCUCCUGCUCAUCCCAACCUAAGUGCUUUCUUGUUUGACACGCCUGUAAACUUCCCGUUGUCAUGGCACCUUUGGCAAAGUGUCGGGCUGUUGCUGUUUUGUGUGUUGGUUGGAGUCUUUGGGGUCACGUUCCUUACCCCUUCCCCCAACUCCCCAGGGCCGAUCCGACUGAAUGUUUGCUGAAGUUUUUGUCUCUUGGUUCCCCAAGUAUUUGGAAUGGUCACUGACAAUUUGGUCUUUCAGUCUUGGCAUUUCAUUUAGGAUCUCCACGAGAAAUGGGCGCCUUGAGCCCUGAAAAAUGUAGAUUGUACGUCUCAUUUGUGAAAUGCUUCCUGCUACAUAGAGCUAGCUCAAAACUGUACAUAUUUACAAGAAACUUUAUAUUCGUAAAAAAAAAAAAAAAAAAAGGAAAUUGAAUUGGUUUCUACUUUUUUAUUGUAAAAGGUGCAUUUUUCAACACUUACUUUUGGUUUCAAUGGUGGUAGUUGUGGACGGCCAUCUUCAUUGGAGGGUGGGGAGCUCCGUGUGACCACCGAGAUGCCAGCAGGAAAUAUUGUUAACACAAAAUUACAGUCAAAAAGCUUCUUAGCAUAAAUAAGAUUCUAGGUCUCCAAAAGUACAGGCUUUUUCUUCAUUACCUUUUUUAUUCAGAAUGAGGACAGGAAUAUAAGGAACGCUUCGACAUCUGCCUUGAGAAGGAAUGAACUUUGUUGUUGAACAAUAGUGAAAUAAAGCAAUGAUCUAACCAUG